GCAACCUCUCCCAUGAACAGCUCUCAUACCAGUGGGUACAAUGAAGCUACUUCCUUCGCUUGUGUUCCCUCUUUGCUGCCUAGACUUAGUGAACGGAUUCUCGGCGUCCAAACCACCGCCGGUGGAACCGACUACGACAAGAAGUGAUUUUCUGUGGAAACUGCCGUUGGGUGCCAUUUUCACCUACGGAUACGGACGUGUUACUUACAAUGCACUAUCGCUACAACACCUCAAAUACCCCGAAGCGCACGAAGCUCGAGUUUCUGCGACAAUCUUUCGAGCCAUCCACGAAGCUUCGCAAUCGCAAUCCUCGAGACCGAACAGGAACCCAACCACGAGCGGUGACCAAAAAAACAAAUCAUUCCGAAUUCUCGAAGUAGGAAUCGGGAAAGACUUGCGUCUACUGCAAAGGGGCUUGUACGAUCGGGCUUUUGAAGCAAUUUCUAGUCCUUUACACAGAAUACACAUUACCGGCGUAGAUCUGCAGCUUCCAAAACCAGAUAUCGUUAAGAAAGUGCAAAAACGACUCAAUGUGGGACGCGAAGAAAAACUAUUGCAGCGAUUUGAGCUGGACCUAUUAAAGGGAAGUAUAGCGUCCACAUUACCAUUUGAAAGUGGGCACUUUGACGCUAUUGUUUGCUGUUUGACGCUUUGUAGCGUCGACAACCCUGGUUUGGCGAUCUCUGAGAUGAAACGACUCUUGCGUCGAGGAGGUACAUUAGCCUACGUCGAACACGUCGCCGUCAAUCCAGAUGAACCCUACCGAUUUUUGGAAUUGCAGCAAACUACGUUGGAUCCCCUUCAGCAGCGUUUGGCGGAAAAUUGCCACCUGCACCGGUAUACGGAAGAUGCUUUGUUGACCGGAUUUGGGAUCCGAACAGCUACACUAGAAACCGAAGCGCUUGUUUUGGAGCAAA